CAGCGGCAGGCUGGUGGCAAGCUACGCGCAGCGCACUUGGUACCCUUGGGAGAAAGGAUUAUCGUCUUCCUUGGAAUCAUUAAACAAGUUGUUUCCCGACUUCAAAAGCCGAGUCGGGCGUGUUUUUUUUUUCGUGGGGCCUGGGAAGAUACUGAACAUAUUCCUCAUAUCCCCGGGGUUUGGAAAAUAAACCCAGCUACGAAGAGGAUAUAACUUUGCGAGGUUUGGCCACAACACCUGGCGGACAUGUAGACCCACACAAGGAUGGUUUGGGGCUCGUUAUGUGGAGUUUGACUCGGAAGUGGGAGUAGUUUUACAAAGAAAAAAGGCGGACGAAAGAGGUGAAAAAGUUUCCCUUGUUCCCGGCGGAAGAACAAAGCGGUGACAGGUUUGGGUUGUUGUAAAGUAAUCCCUGCGCGCGGUCUGUUAGUAAGAUUUACACAAACCAAGUGAGUUAAAGAUGCGCCUGUUGAGCACAUCGUGUGGUAAACGUGGAGAAAUCCGACACAGGACACAGAGGUUGGGUGUGAUGCAUUUACUGCUCCUCCUUGGUGUUGUUCUGGCCUGUCAGGGCUGCCCAGAAAAAUGCACAUGCUCCUCACAAACUGUGAAAUGCCAAAACCAGGACUUGAAUGCCAUUCCGCAUUCAUUACCGACCAACACUAAAGCCCUGUUCGUCACAGGAAACAAAAUUUCCCGUAUCAGUGCUGAGUCUUUUCCAACCCGCCUGUUACUGUUGACUGAUCUCUAUCUCAGUGGGAAUAAGAUGGAGUCUGUAGAAGAAAUGGUAUUUGAGAACUUGCCAAACCUUGUGCGGCUGGACUUAAGCAAUAAUAAAAUCCGGAUUUUCAGUGCUAAAGCGUUCCCUGAUGACAAUAAACUGCAGAUCUUCAACCUCAGCGGUGCUUUUUUCAACCAUUCCUACAUGAAUACGGCCCUGAGCUUCCUGCGGGUAGGAAACCUCCUCCAGCUCACGAGCUUGGACAUGUCCAACAAUGACCUUGUGGUUCUCCCGGAUGGCAUUUUCACGGGCCUCUCCAGUCUCACCAACCUCAGCCUGCAGAACAGCUCCAUCAUCUCCAUCCAGAACGGGACGCUGAAGGUGCCGCCGUUGCAUGACCUCGACCUGAGAGACAACAGCCUGAGGGAGCUUCCCAAUGCCACCCUGGCCGAGUUCAGCCUCAAGCCCGACCUCCAGCUUCACCUGGCCGGGAACCCGUGGCGCUGCGACUGCUUCAUCGAGGACCUGGUGGUGUGGCUGAAGAGCUCGGACCAGGUGGCCGACGUGCACAACCUGACCUGCGUGGAGCCGGAAGGCCUGACACGCCACCCCCUGCUGCAGGUGGAGAAGUCGCAGCUGGAUUGCAACUAUGCAGGUGACAUGAAAAGCGUGCUGGAGACUUCCUACGUCUUCCUGGGGCUGGUGCUGGCUCUGAUCGGCGUCAUAUUCCUGCUGGUCCUCUACCUGAACAGGAAGGGCAUCAAGCGGUGGAUGUACAACAUCCGCGAUGCGUGCAGGGACCACAUGGAGGGGUACCAUUACAGGUAUGAAAUCAACUCUGACGCGCGCUUGGCCAACCUGAGCAUCAACUCGGAUGUUUGAGCGAGGGGGUGGGACACUGUCUUGGGACCCUACAGUGAGACAUUACAUGACUUUAUACUAUCAACAUGUGCAUGUGAGUCUUACACCAUCUCCACUUCCUCCCCCUCCUCCUCUCCCCAUGAUGCUAUUCAGAUUUUACAUCUGCCAUGGCACCUAAGCAACCUCCCUGUCACGACCCCCAUUCAACAACUGGCGCAUGUGUUGUAUCCGGCAGCUGUGAUGUCACUUUCUUCCCCUGUACUGAAACACUGCAUGGACAACGAAUCAUGGCAAUGUUUUUCUUUCUCUCUUUUUUUUCUUUUGGAGGUUUGGAGACUGAUAUGUAUUAUUUUUACUUUCCAUAAAGGAUAAACUGAUGGAGUACAUUUGACUUUUAAGUAAGAAUGGGCCAGAUGCAGGAGGUGAUGUACGGACAAAUUUCUUCUUAUUUUUGUUGGUAUCCACAAAUUGUUCUUAUUUUGGCUUUUCUCCUACAUUUUUUUUUUUUUUUUUUUUUUUUUUUUUUUUUUGAUCAAGAGCACUCUUUAGAAAGAAUUUUAUUAUUGUCAAAGUCAAUAAAACAACUGUCCAACACAUGGAAACACAUUUAAAAAGCAAAGAACAUAAAUAAUGCAUUAAUGACUAUUAGAGCUUAAUAAUAUUUAAUCAUUUUAGGUUUUAGAUUAUUAGAUUAUUAAAAUUAGAAUAUCUGAAUGCAGGCAUUUUAAUGUUGAUUGAUGUUACAGCAAAAGCUUGUGCACAAUACAGAUAUUAAAAAAACAGUUCUAUGCAUAAAUGAAUUUUUGAGUUGAGAACUGCGUCUCUGCCUGAGGGCUUCAGAAACUGUCCUGUCCUCCUCCUGCAGUCGUCACCAUGGAGCGUGUGGCUUGGACAAUGAGUUUUUUGGUCUCCAUUUUAAUAUUGAACUACUUUUGAUUUUCCUGUAAUGCCAGUACUAACUCUCUGGAAAAUCACAGUUGUUUUUUUUUGUUUUUUUUUUUGGUCAAGUUCAUUUAACAGUACUUCAGCUCAGACCUUUAUUGUUCCAAGAAGGGAAAUUUGACUUGGCUCGGCACUCACAAACCACACAAUCAACUCUGAUUUCAGCUGCUGAAGUUCUUUUUCUUCCUACAGCUUUGUUGUUUUGGUGGAGUCUCCAGUUCUUGGGCUUGUGCCAGAGUAUUUUGCAGGCGGCACAACAGCUGCACUUAUGGGGUUUUACCUUAUGCUGAUAACAAAUACUCAAGACAUAUGCCUCCAGUUUACGAACAGAUGGGAUUCAUCAUUCAGCACACCUGGGUAAGAGCAGAUUUGGAUGGCUAAGAAUGUGAGGUGCAUUUGGAGUUGACUUAUUAGUUUUUUUUUCUUAACAGAAAAUAUAAGAGAAGAUAUAAGAUAAAUAUAAGAGAAUAUUACUGCAUCUGGCCCAUUGUCUUGGCAAGGCUACAUUCUGCUGGCUAUUGCACCCUUCUCAUUAUGCCUCUACUGUGGAGAAUUGCUAGUACUGCUUGUUAAUGAGUGUUCUUUUUAAUAUGUGAUUUUGUGAUAUAGGCCUUCUCUGAAUGAUUCUAGUGCACACUACAUAGCUUUGCAUUUAGUAGGUGGGUGUGAUUUUUUUUUUUUUUUUUUUUUUUUAAUUCUUUUUUUUUCCUCAGUGAAGGUACUCAGCUAAAUAAAAUAC